UAAUUUACAAGAAAAAGAGGGGAUCUUCAGCCAUUAGUAGUAAUUUAACUUUUUUGGGGGGGGGGGGGCAAGGAAUGGUAAUAAAAAAUAAUUUCUGAAUUCCUCCCCCACUCGAACAGAAGAUUGCUUACACAGCGGAAAUGCUCUUGCAUUAUACAGGAAGCAUCAACUAGUAAUCGAGUUCCCUUGUACAAGGCUGUACACAAUCUGCCUUUUAGCUUGCUUUACAGGAUUAAGAACAAAUACACCAUGGAUUCUGAACUUCCUAAUGUGUUUUCCCAACUGGCUGUAGAAACAAAACAAAAUGAGGUAGACCUCGCAGUAGGAGAAAAAAGAAAGUACAUAGAGCCAGAAUCGAUGAAGAGUCAAGCAGUUGAAGAUCUAAAAAUGUUCCUUAAUGACUGGAUUAACAGUACAUUAAAAAGGGAACAUAUUGUGGUGAAAAAUCUGGAAGAGGACAUAUUCGAUGGACUUGUUCUACAUCAUCUUCUUGUUACACUAGGCAAAACAAAGUUGGAUGUGCAAGAAGUUGCUUUGUCAGCAAGUUCUCAGAAGCAGAAACUACAUUCUGUGCUAACUGUCAUAAAUCAGGAACUGCAACUCUCAGAAGUGGAAGUAAAACGAAAGUGGGAUGUUGACUCAAUUCACAGAAAAGAUUUGCUUGCAACAUUUCAUCUUCUGAUUGCCUUAGCAAAGCAUUACCAACCUGAUUUGGCUUUUCCUUCAGAUGUAUGUGUAAAUGUAAUAACUAUUGAGAACCAAAAGUCUGGAAUAAAGACAGAGAAAACUUUGGAAUAUCUUACUAUAUCAAGGGAUGACAAAGAAUGCAAAUUAACUAAAGAUGAUGUUUUUGAUGACCUAUUUAAACUGGCUCCAGAUAAAGUCAAUACAGUAAUUCAGGCAAUAAUCCAUUUUGCAAAUAGUCACCUUGGACAUUUAGGACUGCAAGUGAAAGACAUUGAAAGACAGUUUGCAGAUGGUGUUAUUUUGCUACUUUUAAUUGGACAGCUGGAAGGGUACUUUAUCAGCUUGCAUGAGUUCCAUAUAAACCCCAGCUCGAAUGCUGAAAUGGUGCAUAAUGUUACACUUGCAUUUGAGCUACUCAAAGAAGGUGGGCUCAUGGAUAACCCUGUCAAUCCUGAAGAUAUUGUGAACAAGGAUAUAAAGACUACCCUGAGAGUUUUAUACAGCUUGUUUACAAGACACAAAGUUAACCAAACAGUAGAAGGCUGAAGACUUUGAAAAGAAUAUAGACAACAUACUGAAAAAUUUAUCUCAGCAAAUUUACAUUAAAAACAUUUUUUGUUGAAAAUAUCCUGCUUUUAUGCAAUUUCAUUGUAUUGUAAUUGCCAUAGAUGUUUUAGUGAUUCCUGUAAGUUAAAUGUUUAAAAAAUAUCCUUAAACUUUGUGUUUUUGCUAAUAAUAAAUAAUGUUGUUAUAUGACAUGAUAUAUAUCUGUUUGCUUUCUCUCUGUAUGAAGCAGAGUGCAGUCUAAAUGUUUUAUUGCAGUAAUAUAGGGAAUGCAUUUAACAUAAACAGCAGAGAACAAUGUGAGCCCAAUAAUGCACCCACAGGAAACUAUCUCUUUGCUCUUUAGAAAAUUUUCUUUUUGAAUGUAUGAAGUAUAAUACAACCUUUAUAAAAUUUAAUGACAUGGAAAUAGCGUGAGCUGUCAGAAUGCUGAAUAGAUCAGUUGCUUAGCUUAAGAUCACACAUCCAAUGCAUUCAUUUGAUUUUAUCUUAAGUUCAGCUGCAGUUCAACUCAAACUACUUUGUAUUCUUUGUAAGUUUGUAAUAAAAAUGCAGAGUCAUCAAAUUUAAA